CAGUGUUCUUCCCACAGCGUCUCGAUUCCCCCGUUUCUCGACUGUGCUGUGCUGCUCUCUCGCUCUAUCUCAAGGCUUACCACAGUCCUCAAUGAGUCGUUUCAAAGAGGAAGAAAUUGGAACUCGUCUUCGAAAUGGGGAGUCAGCGCCACCGCCGCCCACUUCCAAUGCGGUUAUGCACGCAGAAGCUGCCUCAAGCAACUCCUGCCAACCUCAUUUUGCUGAACAAUUAAUGAUGCAGAAAAACGGCAAGAGGACGAGUGAUAUGACUCUAGAAGAGAUGUACUACAACAGCCAAUAUGAUUUUGAAGAUGAUGAGGACGAGGACAGUGAUUGGGAGCCUUCGGCCUUGCCAGCCCAUGAUGUUAUGGAAAUUCCAAAGUGGUUUUGCCUAAAUUGCACUAUGCUUAAUAUUGGGGGUGACUCUCACUGCGACGUGUGUGGGGAACAUAGAGAAUCUGGAAUCCUAAAGCAUGGAUUUGUGGCUUCCGCCUCAUGUCGAGAAGGUGCUACUGAGAAUGGUGUACAUGUAGCUGAUGUACUACAAGAUCCUCUAGUGCAAAGUAUUGCAUCAGAUAACCCUACUGCCAUAGGCUUUGACGAGAGAAUGCUCCUUCACGAAGAAGUUGUAAUGAAGUCUCAUCCCCAUCCUGAGAGGCCUGAUCGAAUUCGAGCUAUUGCUGCCAGUCUUGCGACUAAAGGUAUAUUUCCAGGAAGGUGCCACCCAAUCUCAGCAAGGGAAAUUACUCAAGCAGAGCUCCUUAAGGUCCACUCCGUCGAGAAUGUUGAAGCUGUUGAAAUCACUAGCCGUGUUUUCUCUAGCUACUUCACACCUGAUACAUAUGCAAAUCAGUAUUCAGCAACUGCCGCCAGGCUUGCUGCAGGCUUAUGUUUUGAUCUUGCUUCAGCUAUAUGGUCUGGACGUGCCAAAAAUGGAUUUGCUUUGGUUCGUCCUCCUGGUCAUCAUGCUGGAGUUAAACAUGCAAUGGGUUUUUGCCUUCACAAUAAUGCAGCACUUGCUGUGUCAGCAGCUAAGAAUGCAGGAGCUAAGAAGGUUUUAAUCAUUGACUGGGAUGUACAUCAUGGCAACGGCACACAAGAGAUAUUUGACAAAGAUAAAUCGGUUUUGUAUAUAUCUUUGCAUAGGCAUGAAGGUGGAAAGUUCUAUCCUGGUACUGGAUCUGCUUAUGAGAUUGGAUCAAUGGGUGCUGAGGGAUAUUGUGUAAAUAUCCCAUGGGGUCGCGGAGGAGUUGGUGACAAUGACUAUGUUUUUGCAUUUCAGCAUGUUGUGCUUCCUAUAGCUGCUGAGUUUGACCCAGAUUUUACGAUAAUUUCUGCUGGAUUUGAUGCUGCACGGGGUGACCCGCUUGGUGGAUGCGAUGUUACUCCUGCUGGCUAUGCACAGAUGACACAGAUGUGCUGUGCCCUAUCUGGUGGAAAAGUACUGGUCAUCCUUGAGGGAGGCUAUAAUCUUCGGUCAAUAUCAUCAUCAGCAACUGCAGUUAUUGAGGUCCUACUUGGAGAAAGUCCAAAGCAGAAUGUGGUGCAAGUUAUACCUAGUAAGGCUGGAGUUCGAGCUGUUCUUGAAGUUCUAAAGAUUCAAUUGAACUAUUGGUCUUCACUAGAAUCCAAAUUUACAAAGUUGCAAUCAGAAUGGGGAUGGUAUACCCUGGAAGACAAAAGCAAACUGAAGAAAAAGAAGAGAUUGGAAAAACAAUUACCAGUCUGGUGGAAGUGGGGGCGGAGAAGGUGGUUGUACAAACUGUGGUGCAAGAAGAAGAUUUUGACACAAUGUACGAAUCUGGAUGCUGCAUUUCUCGGAGCCCUUCCAUUGCCAAUUUUAACAUCGGCUCAAUAUUUCCUCUACCUAAUGUCCUGAAAAAGCAGGUUCAUCUUAUGUAGUUAGUUAUGUUGCGUAACUUGGGGAGAUUUUAGGAACAUAGAAUUAUUUUUAGUAAAACAUGCAUGGAAAAUAUGCCCUCAUGUGUAUCCUCGGGUGAAUCUUGUGGAGCAACCCUUAGGUUAUCGAGUCAUUGAACUCUCACUUGUGUUCGGAUUACUUAAGUUGGUAUUUUGCACUUGCUUGCUCAAAACCUUUGUUCCUGAAUGGAAGCAUGCAUGGAAAAUCUAUCCUCACAUGUGCCCUAUGAUCGUCCACCACAAGAUAUAGAUAAAGAGGUUCGUUUUUUUGUAAGAAUGAGAAGUCGUUGCACUUGAAGUCAAUGUAUUCGUUCUGAAAUUGAAGGUGGUGUAAUUUUUUGCAA